UUAGCUCCAAUGGCAGAAACCGAGCCCAUUCAGCUGGUGUGGUACACUUUAUGCGCCAUCCUUGUGGCCACCAUAGUCGUGAAGCUCAAGCUCAUGAAAUCAUCAUCAACCUCUGCCCUCCAUGGCCUGAACCUGCCUCCAGGCCCAUGGUCAAUUCCGGUGCUGGGCCACAUGCAAUUCCUCAUUGGCGCCCUGCCGCACCAGGCCCUGCGUCGCCUGGCCCAGCAGCACGGCCCAGUCAUGCUCCUCCGCCUCGGCCACGUCCCGACGCUGGUGCUCUCCUCGGCGGAGGCGGCGAGGGCGGUCAUGAAGGCGUCGCCCCACGCCGCAGCCGACGCCUUCGCCAGCCGGCCCGUCUACGCCGCCGCCGACAUCUUCACCUACGGCGGCGAGAAUAUCUCCUUCGCGCGCCACGACAGCCGGCACUGGAAGGCGCUCCGGAAGCUCUGCACCAUGGAGCUGCUGAGUCCCGGGCGCGUCCGCUCCUUCCGCCCCGUCCGGGACCAGGAGGCGGCGCGGCUCGUGCGCUCCGUCGCCGGCGCCGGCGGGGCAGCGGUGAACGUGAGCGAGAGGUUGAAGGUGAUGAUGAACGAUGUUAUCAUGAGGGUCUCCGUGGGCGACAGGUGCCGGCAGCGGGCGGGGUACCUGGAGGAGCUGGACAGGAUGCUGGACCUCAUGUCCGGGUUUAACCUGACGGACCUGUUCCCGGCGUCGAGGCUCGCUAGGGUGCUCGGCGGCGGGUCCCUGAAAGCGGCAUGGGCGGUGCACCAGAGGAUGCACGGAAUCAUGGAGGACAUGAUCCGUGACCACAAGAGCGCCAUGGACAGCGAGCUAGAAGAACUAGAGGCCGCUCCAGCUUCCUCCGCCGGCAAUGACGCAGAUGAGCGGGAGGAAAUCCUCACCACCUUGUUGCGGUUCCAGAGGGAUGGCGGGAUUGGCGGCAUCGCAAUCACCAACGAAAAUGUCGCCGGCGUCCUCUUCGAUGUGUUCUCGGCGGGGUCGGAGACGACGGCGACCACAGCGAUCUGGGCCAUGUCGGAGCUGAUGAGGAGCCCACGCAUAAUGGCUGUCGCACAGUCUGAAGUCCGGCGAGUCCUACACGGCAAGAACGCGGUCACGGAGGCCGACAUCGACUCCGGCCGCCUCCCCUACCUCGAAAUGGUCAUCAAGGAGACCUUCAGGCUGCACCCUCCGGUGCCGUUGCUCCUUCCCAGGCUGUGCGCGGUCUCAAGCAAGGUGAUGGGCUACGACGUGCCCGCCGGCACCACCGUGUUUGUAAACGUGUCAGCCAUCGGUAAGGACGAGGACAGCUGGACGGCGGACGCCGGUGACUUCAGGCCAGAGAGGUUUGAGACCGAGGCGGUGGACUACGGUGGCACGGACUUCAGGUUUUUGCCUGGAGGCGCCGGCCGGAGGAUGUGCCCGGGGAUGAUGUUUGGGGUGUCAAAUAUCAUCAUAGCUCUUGCAUGUCUUCUUUACCACUUUGACUGGAAGGUCCCCGGAGGGGAGAGCCCCGAGAAGCUUGAUAUGGCCGAAUCAUAUGGGAUCACCGCGCGUCGGAAGACUGAGCUCUUGUUGGAAGCUACUCCUUUUGUGCGUUGAUUUGUUGAUCCACCGUGCCCGCGCCUGCGCCACACUGUCCCUUCGUUCGCCAAUCAGCGUUCAACGAGGCGUGUGUUCGCCUGCACCGCCGCCGCUGACGCCAAUGUCGUCCGCCUCUUCGACAUUGCCAAGCUCACGGUAAGGCUGAAAAGGGAAACCUCGUUGGCGCUUUGCCAGAAUUGAAACGACAACUUUCUUUUUCGGGCUAACUAUAGUCUUUUGUGGCCUAAUUGUACAAGUGAACUGACCAAAUGUAUGAUCCGCAGAAAUUGCGUGUAUUUUCGGUACAUUUUUUUCUUGCUUUAGAUUUUCAAUGUAAUGUGUGACCUUAA